UGACAGCAUCCACUACCAGAUGGUGUAUUCCUAUGGCUCCGGGGUGGUGUGGGCCCUUGGCAUUGUUCCCUUCAGCCACGUGAACAUCGUCAAGUUUAAUGUGGAGGACGGAGAGAUUGUCCAGCAGGUUAGGGUUUGGACUCCAUGGCUGCAGCAUCUCACUGGGGCCUGUGGUGUGGUUGAUGAGGCUGUCCUGGUCUGCCCAGAUGCCAGCUCACAUUCCCUCCACACUUUGGCUCUGGAGACAGAGUGGGAACUGCGGCAGAUCCCCCUACAGUCUCCUGACUUAGAAUUUGGAAGUGGAUUCCAGUCCCGAGUGCUGCCCACGCAGCCCAGCCCAGUGGCUCCUUCUCGGGCCCAGUUCUUUCUACAGUUGUCUCCGGGCCACUACGCUCUGCUGCACUACCACCACGGUGCUGUGACUCUGCUCAAAAACUUCCCCCAGGCCACUCUUGUGACCUUCGCCACCACUGGAGAAAAGACAGUGUCUGCGGUCAUGACUUGUCGUACUGAACAAAAACCUGGUAGUGCUGGAGAUGGGAGUACGGCGAGCUUUCCUGAGACAUCUAGGGCACAGGAUUCUCUGGCUUGCUUCAACCAAACCUACACCAUUAACCUCUACUUAGUGGAGACAGGUCGGCGGCUGCUAGACACUGCGAUUUCCUUCAGCUUGGAGCAGAAGGGCACUCGUCCUGAGCGGCUGUACAUCCAGGUGUUCUUGAAGAAGGAUGACUCAGUGGGCUACCGGGCCUUAGUGCAGACACAGGACCACCUGCAGCUGUUCCUGCAGCAGUUAGCUGGGAAGGUGGUGUUGUGGAGCCGAGAGGAGUCCCUGGCAGAAGUGGUGUGUCUGGAGAUGGUGGACCUCCCCCUGACUGGGGCACAGGCUGAACUGGAAGGAGAAUUUGGCAAGAAGGCAGCGAUUCAAGAUGGCUUGCUGGGGAUGUUCCUGAAACGCCUGUCAUCUCAGCUUAUCCUGCUCCAGGCCUGGACUUCCCACCUUUGGAAAAUGUUCUACGAUGCUCGGAAACCUCGAAGCCAGAUUAAGAAUGAGAUCAACAUUGACACAUUGGCCAGAGAUGAGUUCAACCUGCAGAAGAUGAUGGUGAUGGUAACAGCUUCAGGCAAGCUCUUUGGCAUCGAGAGCAGCUCUGGCACUAUCCUGUGGAAACAGUAUCUGCCCAAUGUUAAGCCAGAUUCCUCCUUUAAGUUGAUGGUCCAGAGGACUACUGCUCAUUUUCCCCACCCCCCUCAGUGCACACUGCUGGUGAAGGACAAGGAAACAGGAAUGAGCUCUCUGUUUGUCUUCAACCCCAUUUUUGGCAAGUGGAGCCAGGUGGCUCCCCCAGUGCUGAAGCGGCCCAUCUUGCAGUCCUUGCUUCUCCCAGUCAUGGAUCAAGACUAUGCCAAGGUGUUGCUGUUGGUGGAUGAUGAAUACAAGGUCACAGCUUUUCCAGCGACCCGGAAUGUCUUACGACAGCUGCAUGAACUUGCCCCCUCCAUCUUCUUCUACUUGGUGGAUGCAGAGCACGGGCGCCUCAGUGGAUAUCGACUUCGGAAGGAUCUCACUGCGGAACUGAGUUGGGAGCUCACCAUUCCCCCAGAAGUGCAGCGGGUUGUCAAGGUGAAGGGGAAACGCAGCAGCGAGCACGUGCACUCCCAGGGCCGGGUGAUGGGGGACCGAAGUGUGCUCUAUAAGAGUCUGAACCCCAACCUUCUGGCUGUGGUGACAGAGAGCACGGACGUUCACCAUGAGCGCACCUUCAUUGGCAUCUUCCUCAUUGAUGGUGUCACUGGCCGUAUCAUCCACUCCUCCGUGCAGAAGAAGGCCAAGGGCCCUGUCCACCUCGUGCAUUCAGAGAACUGGGUGGUGUACCAGUACUGGAACUCUAAGGCUCGGCGCAAUGAGCUGACCGCCCUGGAGCUCUACGAGGGCACUGAGCAAUAUAAUGCCACCGCCUUCAGCUCCCUAGACCGUCCCCAGCUGCCCCAGGUCCUCCAGCAGUCCUAUAUCUUCCCCUCCUCCAUCAGUGCCAUGGAGGCUACCAUCACAGAGCGGGGCAUCACCAGCCGGCACUUACUCAUUGGGCUGCCUUCUGGAGCAAUCCUUUCCCUCCCCAAGGCCUUGCUGGAUCCCCGGCGUCCUGAGAUCCCAACAGAACAAAGCAGAGAGGAGAACCUGAUCCCAUAUUCUCCAGAUGUGCAGAUCCAUGCAGAGCGAUUCAUAAACUACAACCAGACAGUUUCUCGAAUGCGAGGCAUCUACACAGCACCAUCAGGGCUUGAGUCCACUUGUUUGGUUGUGGCCUACGGUUUGGACAUUUACCAAACUCGAGUUUACCCAUCCAAGCAGUUCGAUGUCCUGAAGGAUGACUAUGACUAUGUGCUAAUCAGCAGUGUCCUUUUUGGCCUGGUUUUUGCCACCAUGAUCACAAAGAGGCUGGCACAGGUGAAACUCCUCAAUCGAGCCUGGCGGUAAAACGGAAGCAUCCUGCCAGAGUGGAGAACCUUGGGGAAGAGGGUCAGCUAAGGAGCUAUGGCCAUGGAUUGGUGGAUUGGUGAAGUUGGGUUGGGUUCUCAUCUCACUUGAGUCUGGGGGAAGAAGAUGACCUUCAUGUAGAACUUCUGGGAUACAGUGAGGCACAGUCCUUGUGGGACAGAUAGCCACCUCAGCAGGGAUAACCAUGCAUCUGAUCCAUUGCUCUGUUUCUGUUCUGGGGUUAUUUUUGCUUUUGUUUUUUCCUUUUAUGAGACCUCCAGUUUUUCUCUUCUGAGGCUGUUUAAAUUGACUUUAGGUAACCUUCUGUGUUUCCAUUCUUACUGGAAACCCUCUAACAAUUUAUUCUCCAUCUCUUGCUUCCAAGCCUGAUGGGCCAGCUCUGCCCUCAAAGUGGACUUGAUUGCCCAAUCCUGACGGGGCUGCCUGGGAGCCAUUCUUAGCUGAAGUGUGAGGACUGAUCCCACCCCAUGGCUUCUCUCUGAAGUCACAGAAGUUGAGGGAUCCAUGCAUGGAGUCAGAACUACCUUUAACUAAGCUUUUUGUUCCAUGCUCUCAUUCAUACGUCAUUCAUAUGGUUUUGUUCCAUGCUGUCAUUCAUACGUAUUUCAUAUGGUUGGGUCACCAUUUGUGUCACCCUAUCAAAGCCAGGUACAGACGGGAAUUCGGCUUCUCACCCAUAGCCUGUGCUUUUCUCUUGAGCUAUAGCAGGCUGAGGCCCUUUUCGUUUAUCUUUUAAAUUAAAUUAAAAUUUAAGUAUUUUUGGUUUUUCAAGACAAGACUUUCUCCUGGAACUCACUCUAUAGACCAAGCUGGCCUCUACUCAGAGAUCUGCCUGCCUCUGCCUCCCCAGUGUCAGGAUUAAAAGUGUGCACCACCAUGCCUGGCUUAGUUGUAAAGCCUUUUAAAGCUAUCAGAUUAUCUUAGGCUUGAUGAGAUUCUGAGGUCCCAGUAUCUCUUAUUGCAUUACUUUUGCAGGCCCCUCUGGACAUCCUAUAGCUGUUAGAGAAAAGGGCCUUUGGUUUUUUUUUUGUUUUUUUUUUAAAGCCUAUUUAUUCUUAAUUUAGGUUUGUUUUGUUUUUUUCGAGGUAGAGUUUUGCUCUGUAGCUCAGGCUAGCCUCAAACUUGAAUCCUGCUGCCUAUCCUCCCAGUGUUGGGAUUACAGAUGUUUGCCAUCAUGCUUGGCAGUGUGUAAAUUUUAUAUCUCAUUGGUAUAAUUUUCUGUGUGGCAUUAGGGAUAGAAUCCAGGUCUCAUGCAAGGUAAAUUCUCUGCACUGAGCUCUCCAUAAGGUGAGCCAUGUGGGUUGUUAUUUUUCUUAAGUAGUUUUUAAAUCUUACUGAUUUAAGUUUUCAGGGGCCUGCAAGGAGCAUGCUGGGACUCAAACCCAGGGCUUCACAUGUGUUAGCACAUUCUUUACUCCUAGAGUUCCAGACCCAGCACAUGUAACCUUUUUAUUUACUUUAUUUUUUUGAGACAUGGUCUUACUAUAUAGCCCUGGCUGGCCUGGAACUAGCUAUGUAUACCAGGGCUGGGCUUCUCUGUGGAAUAUAUGUGCACUACUGGCUGGCUGGGUUCCUGUGUGGGGUGUGUGUGCACUCCUGUCUUGGCUCCUGUGUGGGAGUGUGUGUGCACUCCUGUCUGGGCUCCUGUGUGGGGUGUGUGUGCACUCCUGUCUGGGCUCCUGUGUGGGGUGUGUGUUGCACUCCUGUCUGGGCUCCUGUGUGGGGUGUGUGUACAUUCCUGUCUGGGCUCCUGUGUACGACACAUGAAAGAAUCCUAAGUUUUACCUUGCUUGUGAACUUGGGGACUGGCUGUUCUUUUAUGAAGGGAAGGCAAUAUGUUUCCUGGAAUAAAGCAAUGAUCAGUGAGUGGC